AAGACGGAAGCGGCUCUGGAUUGUUGUUUGCUUGCUGCCCUGUCGCUCCGCCGCCGCCGUCGCCGCCAUGGGGAAGACGGACUUCCUGAGCCCCAAGGCCAUCGCCAACCGCAUCAAGUCGAAGGGGCUGCAGAAGCUGCGCUGGUACUGCCAGAUGUGCCAGAAGCAGUGCCGGGAUGAGAAUGGCUUUAAAUGUCAUUGCAUGUCAGAAUCUCACCAGCGACAGCUGCUGCUGGCAUCUGAAGAUCCUCAGCAAUUCAUGGAUUAUUUUUCAGAGGAAUUCCGGAAUGAUUUCUUAGAACUUCUCAGAAGAAGAUUUGGAACAAAGAGGGUCCACAAUAAUAUAGUAUAUAAUGAAUAUAUUAGUCACCGUGAACACAUCCAUAUGAAUGCUACCCAGUGGGAAACUCUGACGGAUUUUACCAAGUGGCUCGGGAGAGAAGGCUUCUGCAAAGUGGACGAAACUCCCAAAGGCUGGUACAUCCAAUACAUCGACCGAGACCCCGAGACGAUCCGUAGGCAGCAAGAGCAGGAGAAGAAAAAGAAACAGGACCUGGAUGAUGAAGAGAAAACAGCCCGAUUCAUUGAAGAACAAGUCCGGAGAGGCUUGGAGGGGAAAGAGCAGGGAGAACCGGUCUACACAGAACUGAACCGAGAAAACGAGGAGGAGAAAGUGGUGUUUAAUUUGUGCAAAGGAGCAAGCACUUCAACAGCGUCUCAUUCCAAAGCCAGUGUGCUUGGAUCCAGUGCAUUGAAGGAGGCAGGAGCAGCCCCCACAGUGAAGCGGAAAGAAAUGCCUCAGAAUUCAGAGCAGUCGAAAGAGAAGAAGAAGAAGAAGAAAACAGCCCUCGACGAGAUCAUGGAGUUUGAGGAAGAGAAGAAGAAAUCUUCCCGGACAGACCAUUGGCUUCAGCCUGAAAUUGUGGUCAAAAUUAUAACGAAGAAACUGGGUGAGAAAUACCACAAAAAGAAGGCAGUUGUCAAGGAAGUAAUUGACAAAUACACAGCAGUUGUCAAGGUGAUUGACUCUGGGGAUAAAUUGAAGCUUGACCAAACACAUCUGGAGACGGUGAUCCCAGCACCAGGCAAAAAGGUGCUGGUUCUAAACGGGGGCUAUAGAGGAAAUGAAGCUACCUUAGAGAGCAUCCAUGAGAAAAAGUUUUCGGCAACGAUACUCAUUGAAACUGGACCUCUGAAAGGACGUAAAGUUGAAGGCAUCCCCUAUGAAGACAUUUCCAAGUUGGCCUGAGAUGAUUGGAAGAGCAGACGGACUGGGAGCCCCUCCUCCUGCUGCAACAUUGGCUCCUAAGCGGUCUCUCAGUUAGCUGUUUGGAGGUCUUGAGGAGUAGCUGGGGGAAAUCCUCGAAAGCUCCCCCAGAAGGGGCACCCCAUAGCCGUUUGGAUCCUCUCGUCUGAACCCCAACCCCAUCCUUGGAUGAAAUGGGUGGUGUAACACCGGUGAUACAGACGUUUAUUUUUGGGAAAUAGGGAAUACGGCAGACUAUCUCCACACUGUUUUCUGCAUCUAGCCCUCCACCCUCCCUUCAAAAUGCUCUUCCGUCAGUAGUUUUGUAAAAAAUGUAUAAUGACUUGUACAGUGGCUUUUUUUUAUUGCUGUUUAAAAAUAAAGGAGAAUAUUUGACAG